ACAGUUGACAGUUAAAUGCUGUGGUCACUGUUCAAAUGUUUAUAUUUGUCAAUCGAGUUAUCAGCUAUUUUCAAUCUUGUAGUACCUUAAAUUAAAAGUUCCCUAAAUAAAUGAAUACCAAAAUCAAAAUACAAUAGGAUUAGUUUUACUAAUUAAAUAUAAAACAUUUUUCUGUCACACACGUUUGUCUUUCACGAAUUUUUUUAUAUGAGAAGUAGUUUUAGUCGCAAAGAUGUCUUUGUAUGAUGAUCUUGAUACCAUAAAAGCUCGAACAACAGAAAAAGUGGCAGGAUGGUCUUCGGGAAUCAAAUUAUUACAAUCUCAAUUGCAACUAAAAAAAGCCGCAAUCACCCAGCCAAAAAGAGAGGCUUUAAGACGAUCUAAUCAGGUCUUAACUCCUGUCAUAGACCUGAAAAGUAAACAGAAAGAAGAAGACGAAUCUAACUCAGACAGUCCUAAAAGUCAAUCCAAAGUGUUGUCAGCAACAUUAAAUGUCCGAGAUUUUGACUGGAAUGUUGCAAAUGAGUAUGAUCCUAUGUGGCCUAAUGAUUAUGAAAAAGUUGCGAAGGAUAUGCAAGCAAAAAGGCUACAAACUGAUGGAGGUGAUAGAGAUAGAUCAGAUAGAAAACGUAAAUCACGCUUUGGUGAUGAAGAAGAUGCUAUUCCUGAGAAGACACUUAUACCAAUGCAACCAGAGGAGGAGGAAGCAGAGGAGAUAUCAAAAAGAGCAGCAGGUGCAGCAAUAGCACCGCCACCAUCUCUUACUGUAGAAACCCCAUCACCACCACCAAUUCUUCCCACACCUUCCCCUGGAUUUUCAAUUGGUGGAUAUGGAGCAAGCUCAGUGGCUGCAAAAAUUAUGGCCAAAUAUGGAUUUAAAGAAGGUCAAGGAUUAGGAAAGAAAGAGCAAGGCAUGUCAGUUGCACUGCAAGUUGAGAAAACUUCCAAAAGGGGUGGACGUAUUAUACAUGAAAAAGAUAGCAGUUCCAUGCCACCACCUAGUUUUGCUAUGCCUGCUCCUCCAGGCCCAGAUUCACCUAAUUCACAAGCAAAACAGGAACCGUCUAUUACAGAAAUCAUGAAGUCACCUAGUAAAGUUGUUUUACUGCGGAAUAUGGUGGGACCAGGUGAUGUAGAUGAUGAAUUAGAACCAGAAGUCAAAGAUGAAUGUAACACAAAGUACGGGGAAGUAGUAAAAGUAGUGAUUUUCGAAAUGCCAAAUGCUCCCUCUGAUGAAGCAGUACGAAUAUUUGUUGAGUUUAAACGUAUCGAAAGUGCUAUAAAAGCUGUAGUUGACCUUAAUGGUAGAUUCUUUGGAGGCAGACAAGUUAAAGCUGGAUUUUAUAGUGUAGAAAAGUUUAAUGCCCUGCUAUUGACUGAAUAAUAAAUGCUUUAUGAGUAA